ACUGGUUUCCCACCUUUCCUAAGCAUUGUCAGCAAACUAAACCAGUCAACCAUCUCUGCUGUGCUUGAGUAUUUAAUCAAUUGGUUUGAGGAGAGAGACUUUGUACCACAGUUGGGCAGAUGGCUUUAUGCAUUACUAGCGUGCCUUGAGAAACCGCUGCUUCCUGAAGCACAUUCCCUUAUCAGACAGUUGGCACGACGGUGCUCUGCAGUGCGUGCCAAUCUGGAGAGCAAAGACGAUGAUCGUUUGUCAGCUCUUAACUUGAUGAUUUGUAUUGUUGCCAGGUAUUUUGAGCAAAAUGAUUUGGCUGACAAUGAAUGAGCAGAACUUGGAAGCAGACGGAAGAGCCUUUGUGAAGAAAAUUCAUGUGAAUGAGAGGAACCAUGAGAGAAACUCAGGAGAUUUUGUAAAAGACUCUUGCAAAUUGAAUUGAGUUCCAUGUAAUAUUAAAGUACACCUGUUACAAAUACAAAUUACUGUCCUUUGAAGCAUGGCUAUUGUCAAAUAAAACUUAAUUUCUGACAUAAAAUGCAAACAUCUUUGGCUUCUUGCUAUUUCAUUGUCAUGAUGUUGUUGUGCUGUGUCUGCCAAAUAAAACCAUGUCCGAUUUAUUAAAGGGCUAACUGAAAAUCAUCCUUAUUUUUAUU